AUGGAUCUUCUAGUUGUGGUUGAUUCGGACGAUGAUAAAAUGGUCUCCCACGAACUAGAGCAAAUGAGGAGUAAAUUGGAAGAGGCGAUUUUGAAAACGCGCAGCAUGCCUUUCGAAAAUCGACCGCGACUUCUUCGCAUACCCAUAAGCGGGCAAAAUCGAUCCGUCGUGAGGUCUCUUAACCCAAUGCUGGUGACCUAUUUGGAAGCCAGCCAGGACCUUUGCGAAACUGACUUAAUUCUUUUUGGCGCCGCAGUGGCAGUUUGCCGUAUUAAAUGCGCCAAACUUCCCAUGGCUGGAUGCGCUACUAAACAAAGUAGAGCCAUCCCAGCCUGA